AUGGCAGCCCCAAAGCUGGUGCUGGAGCUGCUGACUGCGGCACUGCUGCUGCGUGCAGCCGCCACGCUGAGGAUCAGUGCCUUCAACAUCAAGACGUUUGGAGACAGCAAGAUGUCCAACCAGACGAUUGCAGACUUCAUUGUCUCUAUCCUGCUGGAGUACGACAUCACCUUGGUGCAGGAAGUGAGGGAUUCUGACCUGAGCUCGGUGAAUAAGCUGAUGUCCCAGCUCAACAGCGCAUCAUCGUACCCCUACAGCUUUUUGAGCAGCAUCCCCCUGGGUCGGAACAGCUACAAGGAGCAGUACGUCUUUAUCUACAGGUCAGACAUUGUCUCUGUGCUGGAAAGCUACUACUAUGACGAUGGCUGCGAGUCCUGCGGGACAGACAUCUUCAGCAGGGAGCCCUUCAUUGUGAAGUUCUCCUCUCCCACCACACAGGUGGACGAAUUUGUCAUCGUGCCCCUGCACGCAGAGCCCAGCAAUGCCCCAGCUGAGAUCGACGCGCUUGCUGACGUCUACACGGAUGUCAUUGACAAGUGGGCAACCAAUAACAUCUUCUUCAUGGGUGACUUCAAUGCUGACUGCUCCUACGUGACCGCGGAGCAGUGGCCCUCCAUCCGCCUGCGCUCCCUGAGCUCCUGCGAGUGGCUCAUCCCCGACAGCGCCGACACCACCGUCACCAGCACCGACUGCGCCUACGACCGCAUCGUUGCUUGUGGCUCUGAGCUGCGCCAAGCGGUUGAGGAUGGCUCUGCUAAAGUCAACAACUUCGAGGAGACUUUCCGUAUCCAGAACAAGGAUGCUUUGGCCAUCAGUGACCAUUUCCCAGUGGAGGUGACGCUGAAGGCCCGCUGA